AUGGUUAAGAUUUCUUUGGAAAACGUUCAAAUAUUUGCAGAUGUCGACGCAAAACCACAAUUUGCUCCUUCUACCACUACUGUGGCUGAUAUUUUGACUAAAGAUGCUUUGAAAUUCGUCAUUUUAUUACAUAGAACUUUCAAUGAAACUCGUAAACAAUUAUUACAAAAUCGUAAAUUACAACAGGGUCAAUUAGAUUCAGGAAAGGCGAAAUUAGAUUUCUUAACAGAAACUCAACAAAUUAGAGAUGAUCCUGUUUGGCAGGGCCCUAUUCUAGCUCCAGGUUUAAUCAAUAGAUCCACUGAAAUCACUGGUCCUCCAUUAAGAAAUAUGCUGAUUAAUGCUUUAAACUCCCCGGUUAACACUUACAUGACCGAUUUUGAAGAUUCUUUGGCACCAACUUGGUUAAACAUUGUCUACGGUCAAGUUAAUUUAUACGAUGCAAUUCGUGACCAAAUCAAUUUUACUACACCAAGAAAGGAUUACAAACUAAAUAAUAAAUUUGCUGACUCUCCUACUAUUAUUGUUAGACCAAGAGGCUGGCAUAUGGAAGAAAAACACGUUUACGUCGAUGGUGAACCAAUUAGUGCCUCCAUUUUUGAUUUUGCAUUGUAUUUCUACCAUAACGCUCAUAAUUUGAUCUCCUCAGGAAAAGGACCUUACUUCUAUUUACCAAAGAUGGAACAUCAUCUAGAGGCUAAACUAUGGAAUGAUAUUUUCAAUGUGGCCCAAGAUUUUUUAGCCAUCCCAAGAGGUACCAUUAGAGCCACUGUUCUUAUCGAGACUUUACCUGCCGCUUUCCAAAUGGAGGAGAUUAUUUAUCAAUUAAGACAGCACUCCAGUGGGUUGAAUUGUGGUCGUUGGGAUUACAUCUUCUCCACUAUUAAGAAGUUGAGAAACGAUCCAUCUCAUAUCCUACCAAACAGAGAUCUUGUCACCAUGACCUCUCCAUUUAUGGCCGCCUAUGUUAAGAGACUAAUUAACACUUGUCAUCGUAGAGGUGUCCAUGCAAUGGGAGGUAUGGCUGCACACAUUCCAAUUAAGGAUGAUGAAGUUGCUAACAAUAUCGCUAUGGAUAAAGUCCGUAAGGAUAAGAUCAGAGAACUAACUAACGGCCAUGACGGUUCUUGGGUAGCUCAUCCAGCUUUAGCACCAAUUUGUAAUGAAGUUUUCAGUAACAUGGGUACUCCAAACCAAAUUUAUUUUGUUCCUGAUGUGAAUAUUACAGAAGCAGAUUUGUUAAACACUAACUGUGAAGGCGCUAAGAUCACCACGGACGGUAUUAAAGUAAACUUAGAUAUCGGUUUGCAAUACAUGGAAGCUUGGUUAAGGGGCUCUGGUUGUGUUCCAAUUAACAACCUAAUGGAAGAUGCUGCUACAGCCGAAGUUUCUCGUUGUCAAUUGUACCAAUGGGUCCAUCACAAUAGUGUACUACAGGACACCAAUGAAUCAAUUACUCCUGAUAUCACUGCUAAGAUUCUACAAGAACAAGUCGAUAUUCUAGCCGCUAAGAGUCCUGUAGGUGACAAGAACAAGUUCGCUUUGGCUGCCAAAUAUUUCUUACCAGAAAUUACAGGGGAGAAAUUUAGUGACUUCCUGACAACUUUAUUGUACGACGAAAUUGUCACUAAGAAAGAAAAAUCAAUCGACAUCACUUCUUUGAAAUAA